GUGAAUGGCAUCUCAAAGCAUCUCAAAGAUGGCUCAAUAGAUGUGACGAUAAACACAAACAAUCAAUAAGUGAUUAAUGAAUUGAGUGCUGUAUUUGUCUAAUCACUGCUUCAGAUCCACUCAAUCCACUCCAUCCGCAAGUGAUGGCAAUGGCAUUGAAUGAGUGAAUCGGUUGUCAAUCACUUGCAGUACUCAAUGGAUGGCAAUAAUCGUUGUCUUCAUUAAGUCCUGAAUCCAUAAGUGUUUGCAUUGACUCUGAAUUGCAAUGAAUUGUGGCAUAAAGUGCUUGUCUUUCGCCCUUUUGGUCGCUUUGAUCGCAUCCGUCGUCCAAACCAAACACCGCACCGCCGAUGACGACACUCACCAACGCGUCCAACGCUUACAUCACACCACCGAUGACAAGGACUUUGACUUCGGAGAUGACAAACAACUGACAUCGAAGUCGAGUCUGAAUCGAGAGAUGAGACAAAUGUACAACUGGUGGACAAUUGAAGACAUUUGCAAAGACGUGAAGUGCAAGAGUUGGGAGUAUUGUGUGAUUAAAUCGAAAGGAGUGGCCGUUUGUGUCCAUAAGAAACAGACCGACGCUAAGGAUGUGGACGUUUUCGAUGUGAAACCGAAGUCAAAGUCGAAACAAGCGAUAGAUUUGUCGAUCGAUGACAACGAAGACGAAGACGACGAGGAAUACGAUGACGAGUCCGACGAGAAGAACACAUUCACAAAAUCGGAUGAAAAUAAGCUUAAACUCUGCACUCCGUGUCCUGUCGUGAGACCGGAGUUCAUCUGCGGCUCAGAUAACGCCACGUAUUCCUCCAUUUGUCGCUUAGAUUUCCACAAUUGUGUCCAUAAGACAGACGUACGGCUCGAAUGCACCGGAUUUUGUCCGUGUCUUCAGAAGAAGAAUAAGAAGACAAAGAUUGAGAAGAAAUGGUCUGAAAGUCGAAAAACGGGUAAAGAUUUCGAGAAUAAGAAUAAAUUACGCGAAGAGAAGAAGAGUUAUUCCGAUUUGAAAUCUAAUGAUAAUAAUAUGGACAACAAAUUUAAGUCGAAAUCAAAGUCUUAUUUCAAACCAAACAACAAAUACAAGAAACCGGAAAACAAGCAAAAUAUGCAAAACUCUGUUCUGCCGAACAGACACUACGAGUCCUCCAAAGCCGAGCACAAGAAGUGUACGGCCGAUGAUCUGAAGAGUAUGGGCUCAAGACUUGUCGAUUGGUUCAGUGUUGUGAUCGCCGAACAGAAGAAAGACCACGCGAUUCAGAGCCGCAAACACUCGGCUUUUAAGAUACCCGACUGUCAGCCAGAGGUGUCGUAUAUGUUUCAUCACUUCGACACCAAUUCCGACCUCAAGCUGUCCCUCAAAGAGCUGUACUAUUUAGAGCACGACCAGAAUGAACACUGUUUACAGCCAUACCUCACACAAUGCGAUGAAGACAACGACAAGUUUCUCAGUGCUUACGAGUGGUGCACCUGUUUUGACAAAAAGAGUCAGCCGUGUCUCAAUGCGUUGAAACACACUAAGAAGGGACUGUUGGGCGCAUACUCUCCACAAUGUGAUAGCCAUGGCUUUUAUAAGCCAAUGCAAUGUCACUCGAGUUCUGGUAUCUGUUGGUGUGUCGACAAGAAUGGCGUCGAGUUUACGAACACCAGAAGAAGGGGUUCACCCGAUUGUAAAGGACUGCUAAACAGAGCCCGUCAUCGGACUAUUGAAGAUCAGUUGAUAUCACGCGAAGACAUCGACGUGGAUGACGACGGAGACGAUGACGACGACACCGACGGCUCAGGCGAUGACCGGAUCAGUGUAUAGAUUGUAAUGACAGAACCGGUAGU